AAAAAAAUGAAAUACUUAGUUUUUCUAUUUCUGGCCACGUCAGUGUCGGCCAGUUUCACCGACGAUGUUUACCAGAUCCUGGCCAAGGAGGAUUCGGAUAAAAACAUAAUUUCCUCCCCUCUCUCCCUCGAAAUUGUUAUGGCCUUGCUGUAUAUGGGAUCCAAGGGGAACACGGCUAAAGAAUUACAAACGGCUCUAAAGCUGCCUGGGGAUAGGAAUGAUGUGGCCAAGAAAUACAAGGAUUUCUUCACAAAUCUCCAUGGUCGUGAGAAGAUCGCUAUUCUUGAGCUGGCGAAUCGCAUUUACGUAAACGAUCAGAUAAGCUUAGUGCCAGAGUUUAAUAAGAUUGUGGCUGACUCCUUCAAAGCCGAGGCAGUGCCCAUUAGUGUGCGUAAUCCCACAUCUGCGGCAGCGACUAUUAACUCUUGGGUCUCUGGGCAUACGCGGAACAAAAUAAGCAAGAUUGUGGACCCUGAACAUAUAAAUGAUGGUUUAUCAACGAUUCUUAUAAAUGCCAUUUACUUUAAAGGUGAAUGGCAGUACAAAUUUAACAAAGCUUAUACUAUGAAGCACAUUUUCCGAACUUCUUCGAAUCAAGAACUUCAGGUUGACAUGAUGGGUCCGAAUAAGAUAGAUAUUAUGGCCAAUGAGUUCGCCGACUUAGAUGCCAAGGUUAUUGAACUUCCAUAUCGAAACUCUAGCCUCUCCAUGCAAAUAUUCCUGCCAAACCGUAUUGAUGGUCUUAGUAAAUUGGAAAGCCAGAUCGGACGCUUCGACCGAGACCUCCGUCGACAAACCGUGAUUGUACAAAUCCCAAAAUUUAAAAUUGAGUUUGAAAAAAAACUCGAAGAGGUUCUCAAAAAGUUGGGAAUUCAAUCGGUAUUUGGCAACGCUGCUGACUUGCGUGGCAUGGUUUCAGGGAAAACAAAAGUCAGUCAAGUUUUUCAAAAAGCAUUUUUGGAAGUGAACGAGGAAGGUGCCGAAGCAGCAGCAGUAACAGGUUUUAUUAUGGUGAGAUUUUCUCAGUGUUUGGCAAAAUGUGAUCCAAUGACAUUUACAGCCGAUCAUCCUUUUGCCUUCUUAAUUCGUGAUGAGAAGACAAUUUAUUUCCAAGGACAUUUUGUUAAGCCACUUUUUUUCAAAAAAAUGAAAUACUUAGUUUUUCUAUUUCUGGCCACGUCAGUGUCGGCUAGUUUCACCGACGAUGUUUACCAGAUCCUGGCCAAGGAGGAUUCGGAUAAAAACAUAAUUUCUUCCCCUCUCUCCCUCGAAAUUGUAAUGGCCUUGCUGUAUAUGGGAUCCAAUGGAAAUACGGCUGAGGAAUUGCAAACCGCUUUGAAGCUGCCUGGGGAAAAGAAAGAUGUGGCCAAGAAAUACAAGGACUUCUUCACAAAUCUCCAUGGUCGUGAGAAGGUUGCUAUUCUUGAGCUGGCCAAUCGCAUUUAUGUCAACGAUCAGUGGAGUUUAGUGCCAGAGUUUAAUAAGAUUGUGGCUGACUCCUUCAAAGCCGAGGCAGUGCCCAUUAACGUACGUAAUCCCAAAUCUGCGGCAGCGACUAUUAACUCUUGGGUCUCUGGGCAUACGCGGAACAAAAUAACUGAAAUUGUGACUUAUCGAGAUAUAACUCCUGAUUUAGUCAUGGUUCUUAUAAAUGCCAUUUACUUCAAAGGCGAUUGGCAGUAUAAAUUUAACAAAGCUAAUACUAAGAAGAACAUUUUCCGAACUUCUUCGAAUCAAGAACUUCAGGUUGACAUGAUGUCUAUGGAUAAUAUAUAUAUUAAGGCCCUUAAGUUAGACGCCUUAGAUGCCAAGGUUAUUGAACUUCCAUAUCGAAACUCUAGCCUCUCCAUGCAAAUAUUCCUGCCAAACCGUAUUGAUGGUCUUAGUAAAUUGGAAAGCCAGAUCGGAGGCUUCGACCUCCAUGGUGGAUACCUCUAUCGACAAAAAGUGGACAACGUAAAAAUUCCGAAAUUUAAAAUUGAGUUUAAAAAAGAACUCGAAGAGGUUCUUAAAAAGUUGGGAAUUGAAUUGAUAUUUGACAACCCUGACUUGCGUGGCAUGGUUUCAGGGCCAACUAAAGUCAGUAAAGUUCUACAAAAAGCAUAUCUGGAAGUGAACGAGGAAGGUGCCGAAGCAGCAGCAGUAACAGCUGGUAUGAAGGUAACACUUUCCAGCUGUGUGGGCAUUUAUCGACAUAGGCAUAGUAUAUCGACAUUUAUAGCCGAUCAUCCUUUUGCCUUCUUAAUUCGUGAUGAGAAGACUAUUUAUUUCCAAGGACACUUUGUUAAGCCAUAAAAUAUAAAUAAUAUAAUCAUUUUAUGGAUUGAUGCGAUAUGUAAUCACUGUAAAAGUUUCGAUUACUACUACAAUAAAUCUGUAAAUUGACUUUCAAUGGUUUAUUUUAUGGCCCUUGAUUUCAUUUGUAUAAA